AUGGGUUUAUCCUGCUACGGGACAGAGCUUGGGAGCAAUGGUCAAUAUCCAAACCCAGGCUCAACAUCAAGAUUCAAGCCGCCGACAGGCGAAGAGGUUGCAACUGAAACGACACCACGAUGCAACUCCCCUCCGUGUGCCGCAAAUUCAGAGUCGCCAGGAUAUCAGAACAUCGAGAUUUAUCUCAAAAGUUCCCCUAUCGCCUCACUUUUCUCUUAUCCAAGUCUGGUCACCAUAGACAAGGCCAUCUGGAAGGCUGAUAAUGUCUUCAUGAGGCUCGAGCGUUGGAUACCCUUGACAACGAGUCGAACCAACAACUUGAUUCUCGAGGCUGAUUAUGGCACUAAGGGGAAGGAAAAGGAAGCCAAGGAGAUAUGGGAAGAAUUGAUGAAGAAGGAAACACUUGCGAACGAGUUCGAGUUCUAUUCGACGGUUAAACAAUUUCUCCCGUUGAUUCAAUGCAAGAGGCAUAAUUCGAAAAAUUUCCUUCAAGGGCGCUUUAAUGACUGGAAAAGGUCCCGAAUUGAGAACUCGGUUUACACUUCAUCUGAAGUGUCGCUACCUGGCACACCGACUCAGAAUCAAGUCUUCGAAUCGCCUACUGUGGGAUACGAUACACCUCUCUCAAGUCCUCUUGUCGAAGAUGGCACACCAACAACCCCAGAAAAAAGUCCGGCUUCCAGCUUUGACAGUUUCAUCCUAGGCACCCCCAGCAGGAUGAACCAUCACAGCCCUCUUCCAACGAUUGAAGACAUGUCAACAUCUGACGAGAGCCCGAGUUAUACUCCCCCAUUGGCACUCGGCAUUAACUCGAUCCCUGACAAGGCUGCUGAUGUUGGCCGGUCAGAUAACGUUGUGGAAAACAUCACCGAGGUGAAUGUCAUAUCCCCCAGAGAGCCUCCAAAGUGGCUCCCUAUUCAUUCCAGGCAAGAUGUUGCCGCCGAACAACCCAACAUCGUGGAAACCAUCGUAGACGAUACAGUUAUAGAUGAGAAUGACUCGGAUGAUGAGCCGCGACUCGCCCACCCGCAGUUUAGUGAACUUGGGAUAAAGAGGAACGGAACCUUGAGCGAUAAAUCCGCCAUCAUCAGGGAAUUAAGGAAGCCUCUCACGCAUGCACAGGUGCGAGAGGGCAAAGUGUAUGUCCUGAAGCACAAGGAAGAAAAGGAUAUGUUCAAGAUUGGAUGGACCGCUACUACUGUCAACACAAGUCUAUCACGGCCCAACAACUGCUACGGCUCAUCUUGUGAGACCAAGCCCAUCUAUGAAUCUCACAAUUUAUUCAACGGUGCCCUCAAAGCCCACAGAUUGGCGCACUUGUUUCUCAGGGACAUCAAUAUGCGGGUCAACAAGUGUAAAAAAUGCGGCAAAGGGCACAACGAUUGGUUCGAAGGACGUGAAGAGGCUAUUGUGGGCACAGUCAAGGUCAUGGAGGGCUUUUUACGAAGGCCUGCUUAUGAGUUGAGGGAGAAUGGAAAGCUCUCGGAUGAAGGGAGAGCCAUGGUGAAGAACAUGUGCAACGUCACCCUCGAGUCAUUCCAAAGGAACGAAGAGUCUUAUGGAAUCCCGGGCCAUGUCACUGAUGCCGAAUCUUUGACGAUUACACAUCCUGUAGUCCCUGAAGCUACAGUUGAUAUACACUCAAGACAGGACCAGGUUGACGAGUCGUCAAACCAGCCAGAAGCACUUGCCGCAUCCGCGGGUACUUCUAAGGAACUGGAACCACCCUUAGAGGUGAACAAAGGUGGAUUCCGCAAUAAAUUCAAAGAAUUGUGUGGUAACAUGAAGGACAAAAUCUCCAAGGAGCCUGCAGAGGCUGACAAGAAUUCAGCCAAUGAUGAUGAAUUUCUCAUUGCACUUCUCGGGGCCCUCGACCAAGAUAGUGACAGCACUGAGAGACCUCGCGGAUGGAGUUCUUUGGGAGUUGUGUGGGCCAAAUUCACGGCGAUCUUCAAGAGGUCGGUUGAACCAGAUGCUAAGAAAGCGAGUUGA